AGAGAGAGAGAGAGAGAGGUGCCGUCUUCAACAAAUUAAGAUAUAUAUCAUUUGCAGAUCUGUCUUUGAAUUCGUUCUUGGAUUAAUUUGAAGGAAGUUCUGGUCUAUCCCACCAUCCAAAUCAUCAAGUCGAUCGAUCGAUAUAUGCAAUAACAAUGCCGACUGAGGUACACCACCAGCUGCCUGAUCAUCAUGACUCCAGACCUAUGAGUACUACUCUUUGGCUUGACAAAAUGAAGGGUCUGUCUCAUCAAGAAGAUGAAUUGGCCAAGUCAAUACAGAAGAAGAUUGUAAGGGAGAAUUCGAUAGCAAAGAAACCUGCUUCGAAUCAAAAGAAGAGUUGCAUAUGCGCUCCAACCAACCAUGAAGGUUCAUUUAGGUGCCACCUACAUCGAGUCAGAAUAGAAGGACAACGUAAGUCGAACAUCGAUGUGAAGAAUGCUCUUGAUACUGAUGGUAAACAGCCUAGGCUAUCCAGAUUCAGUAGGGAUGCAUCUGUUAGAGCAUGCCAUGACAACCUACCUUUAACGCACGAUAACUGA